AUGUUAGAGGUUAUGGAAAGGGGUGCGGAGACGUACUAUUUUCCUAAUAAGAACAAAAAGGCCGGAGGGAUUUUGUACGGAAAAUAUCGCAAUACAUUAGCCAAGCGACGAGGAGAGGCACCGGAGAUUGUUGAGUCGGAAAAUGCUGACCCCGUCGAGGAAGUAACCGCAAGCGACGAGUUUUCCACAUUCUGGCUGCAGACCAACGUGGCUCCCAAAACCCGUGUCUUCGAUCAUUGGCAGAAGACAUUUUCGCAGCGCUACCUGACAAUUACAACUGCAGAAAAUAAACUGCAGACAAUUUUAGAGGAGUGGCCAAUUUUGAAGCAGAGCUUUGGGCAUGAUCUGAUCAAACAAGACUUUGACUUAAGGUUUCCAGAUAACAAGGUGGAUUUCGAAAGCAAAUGGAUGCAAUUUCGCGAAGGGUUUCUUGAGUUGGCUCAAACGAGAACCAAAGAAUCUUUCAGUUUGGACAUUCUUAAGAAAUUUCAAACUGAAAAUGUCUCAGAAGGAACAUUGGAUACUGGAAUUUUGUUAAUUUUGCACUCCGUCCUUGUGCCAACCGCUCGACGAAUCAUCAAGAAGCCGAACAAUAAAAAAAUUGGGGUAAAAGUUACAAUAGCUGAUUCUCGAAAUAGCUUUUACAUUCAAUUUGCUACAUCUGGCGAGCUUGAAACGGCCAUUCAAGACCAAAUUGAUAUUCAGUUAAAGAAUAAGGACUGUUUGCAACCAAUAAUUUGUGGGAUCGGACCGAGCGUUCUUGAAGCAAACGAGUUUUUUGUUUAUUUCGCGGACAUUUUCUAUAAGUUUGAAAGCAUUAUAGCCGCGGUUGAAGCGUGCUUUAAGAUUUUCUAUGUUUUAAACCUGAAAUAUCCGGAAUCUUGCAAAUUAGUUUGGCUAUUUAUACAAGAAUUUUUUUUUAACUUUCCGAUUCCGGGUUGUGAUAUGCAUCCGUCAGUAAAGUCUUUAGCCAACGACUUGAAAAAGAACUAAUGUAAAUAGCUAUUUCUAUACUAUAAUACUAUUUUGGAAACGUUGCCAACAGUACUACUGCUACGAAGUUGAAGGAUACGGAUCACAUACUUUAAUUAACAUUAACGAUAUUUUUAACCCCCCAAUUCAUUUACAUAGCCUUAAUGAUAAACAAUAUGUUAAGCCAAAAUCUUUUUAAUUAAUAAUAUAUGUAUAUG